AUGGUCCACCCUACUACCACCUGCUGCAAGACCACCCAGGACGGCUCCUGCGUCUGUGCCGCCCAAGCCAAGUGCUCCUGCGGCGAGCAGACCGCCCUCAACUGCAGCUGCAGCAAGGCUUCCACUGAGAAUGCCACUUCCGGCCCCCGCUGCUCUUGCCGCUCUCGUCCCGCUGGCCAGUGCACCUGUGAGCGCUCCGUCUCCGAGAACCAGUUCUCCGGCGCCGCUUGCCCCUGUGGCAGCCGCCCCGAGGCUUCUUGCACCUGCGAGAAGGCUGCUGGUAUUGACUCGGCUCUUGAGGUCGACUUCACCACCGGUGCUUAA